CACAGACACCAUAUCAGUCUCUGUAGCUUUCCUUUGAGCUAGAAAAGCUCAGAAAAAGAUGGGUUUUGCUACUAGAGGGUUUCUGCUGGUGCAGCUCUCAGUGCUCCUACUGAGCUUCUUCAGUGUGUUUGGUCUCAUUCCAGUUGACCCACCGGUUCACCCUCCUAGCCCGGCUCACCCUCCGCACCACGGCCGCCACCACCACAAACACGGUCACCCCCCUAGUCUCCCUCCUAGCCACCCUCCGAGUGAAGCUCCGGCUCAUCCCCCGAUUCACCCCGGCCACCGCCCCCGUCCCCGCCCCCGCGGCCCCCACACUCCCAUUCACCCACCAGUUUCGGCCCCAGCGCACCCGCCGGCUCACCCCCCAGUCCACACUCCGAGGUACCCACCUGUUCACCCUUUCCCAAGGAGCUUUGUAGCGGUCGAAGGCGUUGUUUAUUGCAAGUCCUGCAAGUACGCUGGGGUUGACACCCUCUUAGGAGCCUCACCAGUUUCUGGUGCCACUGUAAAGCUACAGUGCAAUAACACCAAGUACCCGGCGGUUGAAACAGCAAAGACCGACAAGAACGGCUACUUCUUCAUCACGGCACCGAAGACCGUCACCUCAUACGCGUCACAUGAGUGCAAGGUGUUCUUGGUCUCGUCGCCGGUGGCCACAUGCAGCAAGCCGUCUAACUUCAACGAUGGUCUCAAGGGUUCCCUCCUUAGGCCAGAAAAGCCAUAUGUGGCUAACAAGCUUCCAUUUUUUCUCUACACCGUUGGACCUUUCGCUUUCGAACCCACAUGCCCACGUUAAUUAUUUGUUUUCCACCUUGUAUUAAUUUAAUUGCCUUUUUGUAUUUCCACUUUACGAAGUUUCGUCCCAUGAUUUAAUUGUUGUAAUGGCAGUUUGUGUCUUUGUGAUUUGGUUUAUCGUGUGUUGACUCGAGUGACAAUAAAUAAUAUAUAUAUAUGGAGUAGAGUACAUUAAUAAAAUUUAUUUUUUCCUAUUUA